UAAACUUCGGGUUCCUGCUUUUCAGGAGGGAACCCCUGGCUCUCAUGAACUUGAAGAAGAAGAAAAACGAAGAGACCGGUGAACUGGAGGCGUCGUCUCGCUUAGCCCGCUAUAAAACAAAAGCUACCAGGCAUAUAUUCCUCAUACGCCAUUCUCAGUACAAUCUGGAAGGGCAACAGGACAAGGACAGAAUCUUAACGAAGCUGGGUCGCGAGCAAGCUGAGCUGACCGGGAUGAGACUUGCAAGUCUGGGGCUGAAAUUUGAUAAAAUUGUCUAUUCUUCUAUGGCCAGAGCGACGGAAACAACCAACAUUAUUAGCAAACAUCUUCCUGGGGUGACCAAGCUGAGCACGGAUCUCCUGCGCGAAGGAGCUCCCAUUGAACCAAAUCCUCCCAGUUCUCACUGGAAGCCUGAAGCUGUGCAGUACUACGAAGAUGGCGCUCGCAUUGAGGCCGCCUUCCGAAACUACAUUCACCGAGCCGAUAUCACGCAGGAAACGGACAGCUACGAAAUCUUUGUUUGUCACGCGAACGUUAUUCGCUAUAUUGUCUGCAGAGCAUUGCAAUUUCCUCCGGAAGGCUGGCUACGGAUAUCCCUCAACAACGGGAGCAUCACUCACCUGGUGAUCCGUCCCAACGGUCGGGUGGCCCUCCGCCUGCUGGGUGACACGGGGUUUAUGCCGCCAGAGAAGAUCACCCGCAACUGACUCGUUGUAAACAGGGAGGAUCUCCCAACCAAGAAGACAAAGCUCCUUUCAGAUGAGGCCAACCCUUUCCCUCAAAAGCUACAGGCUCCCUCAGCUGGACUUUUGUCAGUCUCAGACUGUUUAAUUACACGCUAAGAUUUUGCACUAGUAGCUCGUGGCGUGCAAUACUGACCGUUGGAGAGAAUUGGAGAGGACUCGCCUCCUUCGCAGCUACAAAACCACAGUGCUGGUGGCCUCUGACCAAAGGCUAUCCAAGGAUUUAUUUUUUUUCUCCCUUUCAUAUUUUGGGGGGUGGUCAGAAGUGCUCCGAAGUCCAGCGAUUACAUGUUGAGUACUGAAAUCAGGGUAAAGCCAGAAGCCACCAGAUCCGGUAAUUCCGAAGAUGAGGGAGACGAAGUCUUGAAAGCAGCGCUCCGAUUUGCACACGGGCUCGGAAAAUACACUUUUAUGAUUAAAAAAAUCGGGAGGCAGCAUCUGUAGUUAGAGUUGCCCUCCAAAGCAGCGCUGGAAUAAAAGCAUAGAAUUGUCUGCGCUCUCCUCUCUUCCAAGCCCUGUCUAGUUCCUUGGUCUUUUAUUGGAAGACGUUUUGCUACAAGUGUCUGUUUCCUAAAAAUAAACCAACCAACCAACCCUAAACAGGAGCCUUUCUUGGCCGUUAAUAAUUGUCACGGGUUACCAUUGAUUCCCCUAAAGCCACCAUCCAAUUGGAAGGAUAAGCUAUUCUGUUUUAUCCUUCUGUGUCUUGGCCCAGGUGGAGAGUCCCUUUAUUUCUCUCAACAAAUGGUCCGGCCAAUGACCGGUAAGGAUCCAUCCCCACCCCACCCUCAGUCUCCCUGUAGCACAAAAAAAAAGCCCAGAGUGGGAGUACCCUCACAGGGCAAGGCCCAGGGUUCCAAGUCCAGUCCACAAGGCAGAGUGUCCAGGCACAAAGAGAAGGUCCCAAGGCGAGAAACCAUCCACAAGAGAAGGCCGAAGACCAAAAGGUGAAGAGCAAAUCUUCCAAGCGAGGCAAGGCAAACCAGCAAGAGGCCAGGGGAGCGCAAGCAAGCCAAAGCAAACCACGGUUCCUGGCAGGGACUAACUCCCCAAUGGCUUCUCCUUAAGUUACUCCCCUCCAGAUGUCCUUUGUGAGGAGCGGUGGGGGUGGCCUCCUCCCGAGUAGCCUCGCAGCCCUUCUCUGAGCUUGCCUACACUCUCCAAGGCCCUUGGAUCAGUGGAGGAGGCAGCUGUUCCUCACCAGAGGGGACCUGACUGUUAGCACCACUGCUGGCCAACAGCUGAUCCUCCGUGUCUGGGAAGGCAGGCAGCUCUCCGUCCGGUCGACCUCCCUCCCCAUGUCUGAGGGACCCGGAACAGCAUCGCCCUCCAGCCUCUCCAAGGUGGCCGGUCCAUCCCUGUCGGACGGUUCCAGUUCCCAACUCCUCUUCUAAACCAGGCUCCGAUGGGCCCAGGACACUUCUGUACUUCUUAUACCGCAAAAUAUAAUUUUUAUUGGGGAGUGGGAAGCUGAACCCUCAGCCAGUAAUCUGCCACUUCUAGACAGAUUCAAGGGCUUCUUGUGAAUGCUUGUGGGGUUGCAGAACUGGAAUGACAGGAGGUUGGGGUUAUUCUGUGCUCAGAGAAGACACCGGUGGAUCUGUGUCAGUGUGGAAAAUGUAAGUUAUUUCUAUUUGUCUUUAUCUGUGAAAAUUAAAAAAAAAUGAUUUCCACUCAAGACUGCUUCAAAAUUUAAUAGGUCCCUAGUUUUUUAAGCGAAGGUUUCAAUUCUGAAUACCA